GUGUCUGUAAGUGAACAGACUGACCACAGAUGGUAUCUAACACAACCUGUAGGGGGUUAUUUAAACGCUAUUAAUUUUCACUCGACCUUCCUACUGGACAUCAACUGUUCCGUUUUUCGCUUUGGAAGUGGCCCUGAGAGUCGCAGCCCUGCAUUCCAAAAAGGAAGACGAGUACUUCACCAUGAGCUCAGACGAUGGUGACAUGGAGAACCAGGUUGAGCUGGAGGAGAAGACAAGGCUCAUCAACCAGGUUUUGGAGCUUCAACACACUCUAGAGGACCUGUCUGCACGGGUGGAUGCUGUCAAAGAGGAGAACCUCAAACUGAAGUCUGAGAACCAGGUCUUGGGUCAGUACAUCGAGAACCUCAUGUCUGCCUCCAGUGUCUUCCAGACCACAGAGACUAAGAGUAAACGAAAGUAAGGAGAAUCUUGAGAGAUAAGCUUUUGACCUAGGACCCCCACACACAUACAUAAAUAUCCUAACCUGAUGGUCACCCUGAUCCUGAUCCAUCCUGGAAGACUGCAGCCUGACCACCAUCAUCUCAGACGUGACGCCUCAAACAUGCUGCUCAGCCUGUUAAUGUGGGUGUAUGGAUCUACAUGUCCACCAGAGGGCUGUCUCACAUUCAGAAACCACAAACGGCAAGUUGGUGUCUCUUAUAUGAGUAAGCCAACAUGUUUACCUACAUGUGCCUGGGUGCAUUUCUGAGGCUUUAUUGGAUUAAACCCAGAUCUCCUGAUUACAGACCCAGGGACACAUUUGUUUUGCUGUCAGCUCCAAUAUAACAGAAGUAUAAUGUAAUGCAGGGGUGGGCAACUCCGGUCCUUGUGGGCAGGUAUCCUGCAUGUUUUAGAUAUUUCCCUCUUUCAGCACACCUGGUUCAAUUAAUGAUCAGUUCAUCAUCAAGCUCUGCAGAAGUCUGAUAAUGAUGUAAUGGCUUCAAGAUGUGUUGGAAGAGGGAAAUAUCUAAAACCUGCAGGAUACCGGCCUUUGAGGACCGGAGUUGCCCACCGCUGGAACAGUGAGUACAGUUUGUCAACUAAUUCAGGAGUGAUAUAAUAAAUAAUGCAAACCUUUACAAGUUACCAACAAAGAACCUGUUGAAUGUGAGAUACAGAUGCUCUGACUUUUGAGUCUAGUUACUUGGGGAUAAGCUCCCAGGCCUGUUCCAAUCUACGUUACUGUGUUUUGGUGAUCUGAUCCUAAGUGGACAGCUCAGAUACAAUUGAAUAAUGCAUUUGAAUUACAAGCAUGAAACUUACAACAAGAAACAUGUUUUUACUGCAGUCUACUGAAUUCUUUAGUACGUGUAAGUCUGUCAUUGAAUCUAGGGGUUGUAGUGAUGAGAGGGAGAGGACAGAGCCUGUUCCUUAUGCCUUAAAUCUACUUCUGGUCCUAUUUUUGUGUUUCACAGGAAUAUACGUUUCCAGUAACUCGUGAUUAAAAUGCAGUUGGGAUUUAUCAGAUGUAUCUGUCAUUGAAAUGGAUGCUUAAGUUAUUCUAGUAAUAAGGUGAUGUAGUAAUAAUGGUUCAUUUACACAUGUUUUCCUCUCACAUUUCAUAUAUAAUGUGACUGAACUGCUCUACACUUUUGCGUUGUUAUUAGAAACAUUGAUGUUUAUAUUAAGAACUGACCCUAAAGUGGUUAUAAGAAUUUAACAAAAUCAUGAUGUGCUAACAAAUGCUUUCUUUAAUGCAGACAAACAGGAUUAACUAACCCUAACCCACAGGAAAAGGUGUAUUUAAAAAAAAUCUCUGGCCUAUCAAUAUCUGGUAAUUCAAUUGGUCACUGGAAAUGUUUUUUUUAAUCAACAUAUUUAAAUAUAUUUUGAAAUUAGAAAAACUUUAGAUGUAUUACAAGAGGCAUUUACCAUUUGAGCAGAACCACAUUCAGCUGUUUUUUUUUUAAAAUUUUUGUCCAAUUGCAGAAAUGGAAUAUUAAUACAUGAAUGUAUUCAUGUAACUUGUACCCAUGUUGAAGUGCUUGAAGACCCAAUAAUCACUAAAGCCUUUUUAAUGCAAGAGAACCAAUAUGAACAAAUGGAACAGUCAAGAGUUUUUAUUUUGACAUUUGAAGUGUACAGAUACCUUCUAAAGCUGCAAUAGUUACAUGAAUAGUGUAAAAUUAAUCCGUAGCUAUUUUCAAUAAUCAACUAAUUGGUUGAGUAUUUUUAAAGAAAUGAAUAAUAUCCUAGUUCCACCUUCCUAAAUCUAAAUAUUUUGUGCUUUAUUUUCUUCAUGACAGAAAUCAUUGGUUUGCCAACCAAACAAGACAAAAUUAGCCAUACUGCAAUAAAUGUUUUCUGUCAUUUUACAUUCACAUAAUUCAGUGAGGAAAUAUUUGAUUGGGAAAAUAAGGUAAUUGUUGCCUCAGGCAACAAGAAACAGGUUUGAAAACAUUCCACUGGUAGUCUGUGAGCAGCACAGUAAAUCAAAGUUGUUUUUUUCUACCUCGCUAAGAUUAACAAGAGGAAAAGGCAGCAAAAUAUCCUUUACUUUAUCAUCCACUUCUUAAAACAGUUUCUUGAGUUGUUGGGCAUUUGCAAAGAAACAUUCCAAAGCAUAAAGUGACUUUAGAUGCAUUCUACCUCCAGGUGUAAAUGGAUGCACUGAGUCGUCCACUCAUGACCUGAUCACGCUUUUAAACCUGAACAGGAUGGCAGAUGUUUGCUGAUGAUGGGCUAUUGCUGUCCAGUGCAACCCCCUACCCUGUUAAGUUUUUACAGAGUGUAAAUGUUUACGUUAAACUCCCUUUGUCCUCCUCUUGUGGUCCAGCUCAGCAGGGCCUUCCAGCCAACAAAAGUUAGUGCUGGCUGGAGGGAAACCUUCCUCUGCUGCGAAAGCUCCAGCAGGCAGCAGCAGUGGUAAGCACCAUCUGAGAACUGGACUGUUCCAUAACAGAGGGGCGAAAAGAGGGGCACCCUUUAUCUUUGAUAUUUAUGAGUCAGUAUUGAUGCAGUAGUUGUAGGUAGAUCUUAAAGUCUGUAUUGUUAUAAUAACAUAUUAUUGAUUUGGUCCUGAUGACUGAAGACAAGAAGGUCCAUUUUAAACGGCUCAGAAGUAUCACAGUGUUGCUUUUUGUUCCAGUUGAACACUAAUGAUUCCGUCCGUAAGCCCCAUUCAAACAGGACUAGUAUAACCUCCGGUGACUUUGAGAUGAACCCCCCACAUAUGUGUUCAAUGUGGCACAUUCAUAAGGGAUUAACAAUCUGUUUUUAGUUGAAUUUCCUGACAUUACCCAUUGGUUCUGAUAAGGGCAGGUUCACCGCUCACAGAUAGUUUUAAGAUGCCACUUUUCUGAAAGAUUCAAGUUUACUCUUUCAGUGAACAUCCUUACCAUACCAUAACACUGGCCUCCAACUGAAAUUCCAACUAAAACACUUGUAAAUCUUUAAUUUAUCAUCACCAGCUCAGCCUCCACCAUCCUCAGUGAGGAAAAGGGCUGAAUAAAUGUGUGAAGGAAAGAAACAUGUUGCAAAUGUUUCCAUUUAAUGCAGAUGUUAGCGUAGGACCAGUAUGUCACAGGACCUGUGUUUUCUGAAAUAGAGGAGGCCAUUUGCAGUGGAAGUCUUACAGACAUGGUUCUUUCACACAGGAUUAAAAUCACAGACAACCUCCUUAAUUGUAACAAACUACCAGAGGUCCACAGUAAUGCUAGUCCAGUGGGGCUAUAAUGUGUCAAAUCCACUUUGAACUGAUGAGGGUCAGACUGGUGUUAAACUGCCAAACAAGGCUCUCAGUCAGGAUAUUUUAAAAUCUCAGGCCUGGAGCAGUCUGUAAAUGGACUAAAAGGGUAUUAAACCCAUGAGUUUUAGAAACAAACGCAGAAUUUCAUUUUGGGGUUUGAGUUUUAAGCGUUUCAGUUUUUGUUUUGGGUGAAGAUUCAUAAUAUUUAAUCUUCAAAUUUGAUAUUGUAACAAAACCAACAUGAUUUCAUAUAGUGCAAUGAAAGAUGAAAUAAAAAUAAAUGAGGAACAGGUCCUAAGUAUUAUCAUGAAACCCUGUCUUCUAAUGAGAUGUGAAUUCUGUAUUGAAAGAGGAUUUGAAGUGUGAAUGAAAAUAAUUAGAGAAUUUAAGAAUUAAAUUUUUGAAAAGUUUUCAGAUGUAGUGUGAACUUGUAUUGGAACCCUACAUGAAUCAGUGGAAAAUAUACCGACUGUUUUUCAUGUUGAGCCAAAUGCAUUUUUACAUUGUUUACAUGUGUGGUUUUAUGUCGCCAGGUUAAACUGAAUUUGGUUUAAUAAAGUGAUGAUGCUUUUUGAUGAA